AUGAAGGUCUCGACGAUCUCCAGCUACAGCCUCGCAGCAGCAGCACUGCUCACUUCAGCGGCCGCUAAUGAGGCAGCGACUCCGGCACCGACCACCACAGAACCUUACUACGACGAGGAGCUCGGCUGCUGGCCCAUCAGUGUUGAGCACGAUGCCACCUACUGCAUUGACGGCCCAAUCUGCAGCGGCUCCGGAACGUCCCCGGCCGGGUCGCUGUGCCCUGUCAAGGGCGACACAGCCAUCGUCGACUGCCACUCGUACCUGGCCAGCUACGCAGACGGAGACAAGUGCGUGCUGCCCGUGGACGCGACCUGCCAGGUCAUCCACACCGGUGCCUGGGGCUGUGUCAUUCCUGGCAGCAGCUACCCCACACCCGCCCCCACCAAGUACGACAGCCCCACCCCAGCUCCAACCAAGUACGGAAACGGCGGCGGCGAAGGGGGCAACGGCGGCGGCGAAGGGGGCAACGGCGGCAAUAAUGGAGGCAACAGCGGGGAAUGGCAACAACGGUGGCCAACGGAAGGAAAUUGGAGAGAAAACGGAGGCUAAGGGUUGGAAACGGAGGAAACGGAGGCAAUGGUGGAAACGGAGGAAAUGGUGGAAAUGGUGGAAGCAGCAGCGGUGGUACAGGGAGCGAGUCGUGGGGCAAUGCGACCAUCUCGACGUUAGUUGCAGGAACGGAGGCGGCUUCGGCUGGUGGUGUCUCGGCGGGCGUGAUCGGUGCAAUCGCUGCG